AUGUGUGGCUCACGACGCGGCGAGGUCUCCGGCUCGACCAAUGUCCAGGGCCGUGAGGUCCUGCCUACCAAUGUCAAGCCGGUGCAUUACGACUUGACACUCGAGCCGAACUUUGAGAAGUUUACCUACGAUGGAACUGUUGUCAUUGACCUCCAGGUCAACGAGGACACCGACUUCAUCUCCCUCAACUCCAAUCAAAUCAAAAUCCACAGCGCCGUUGUCUCUUCGAAGGGUGCGGUGGUGGAAUCCAAGCCCGCCAUCUCGAUGAACGAGGACAACCAGGUCGCUACCAUCAAAUUCAACCAGGCCAUUUCCGCUGGCUCGGACGCCCAGCUGAAGCUUACCUUCACCGGUAUUCUGAACGACAACAUGGCUGGAUUCUAUCGUUCCUCAUACAAGGUCAAUGGCGAGACCAAGUAUAUUGCUUCGACCCAGAUGGAGCCUACCGACUGCCGUCGCGCUUUCCCUUGCUUUGACGAGCCCGCUCUCAAGGCCAAGUUCACCGUCACUUUAGUGGCCGAUAAGAGCAUGACCUGCUUAAGCAACAUGGACGUUGAAUCAGAGACAGAUGUCCAGGGAGGAUCGAAGAAGGCCGUCAAGUUCAGCACUUCGCCUGACAUGUCCACAUAUCUUGUUGCUUUCAUCGUUGGUCACCUCAACUACAUUGAGACCAAGAACUUCCGCGUGCCCAUCCGUGUCUACGCUACGCCUGAUCAAGAUAUCGAGCAUGGUCGUUUCUCCCUGGAGCUUGCUGCGAGGACCCUCGCAUUCUACGAGAAAGCCUUUGACAGCGAGUUCCCUCUGCCGAAGAUGGACAUGGUGGCAGUGCCCGACUUCAGCGCAGGAGCCAUGGAGAACUGGGGCUUGAUUACCUACCGUAUUGUCGACGUCCUGCUGGACGAGAAGACCAGCGGUGCUUCGCGCAAGGAGCGCAUCGCGGAGACUGUGCAGCACGAGUUGGCUCACCAGUGGUUCGGUAACUUGGUUACCAUGGACUUCUGGGACGGCCUUUGGCUCAACGAGGGCUUCGCUACUUGGAUGUCCUGGUACUCUUGCAAUGAGUUCUAUCCUGAGUGGAAGGUCUGGCAGACUUACGUCAUCGACAACCUACAGAGUGCUCUUUCUCUCGACUCGCUGCGUAGCAGUCACCCCAUUGAGGUUCCUGUCAAGCGCGCCGACGAGAUCAACCAGAUUUUCGAUGCUAUUUCCUACUCAAAGGGCUCUUCGGUCCUCCGCAUGAUCUCUAAGUACCUCGGCGAGGAUGUCUUCCUCCAGGGUGUCCGCAACUACAUCAAGAAGCACGCCUAUGGCAACACUGAGACCGGUGAUCUGUGGUCUGCGCUGGCUGAUGCUAGUGGCAAACCUGUCCAGGAGGUCAUGGAUGUCUGGACAAAGAAUGUCGGUUUCCCUGUCAUCAGUGUGACUGAGAACCCUGCCUCUUCUUCCAUCAGGGUAAAGCAGAACCGCUUCCUGCGCACUGGUGACGUGAAGCCCGAGGAAGACAAGGUCAUCUACCCCUGCAUGCUUGGUCUUCGUACCAAGGACGGUGUUGAUGAGAACACCAUGCUGUCGGAGCGUGAGAAGGAAUUCAAGCGCCUUUCCAAGCUCGGUAAGGCCGCUCGUGAUGGGCUUUUGUCCGUCGAGGAUCGCGCCGGUAUGAUUGCCGACUCUGGUGCUCUUGCCGCCUCCGGCUACCAGAAGACCUCUGGUCUGCUGUCCUUGCUACAGGGCCUGGACACCGAGUCCGAGUUUAUUGUAUGGAAUGAGAUUCUCACUCGUAUCGGUACUCUCCGCGCCGCCUGGAUCUUCGAGAAUGAUCAGAGCAAGGCUGCUCUCAAGGCCUUCCAGCGCUCGCUGGUAAGCGCCAAGGCUCACGAGCUCGGCUGGGACUUCUCCGAGAACGACGGUCAUAUCUUGCAGCAGUUCAAGGCCCUCAUGUUCGGGUCCGCCGGUAUGGCCGAGGACCCCGUCGUCAUUAAGGCUGCCCAGGACAUGUUCGCCCGCUUCGCCGCUGGCGACAUCGCCGCUAUCCACCCCAACAUCCGCGGCAGUGUCUUCGCCAUUGUGCUCAAGCACGGUGGCCUCAAGGAGUACGAGGUCGUUUACGACCGUUUCCGCAAUGCCCCAACCUCGGAUGAGAAGACCACUGCUCUUCGCUGCCUCGGUACCGCGGAGAACCCUGAGCUCAUCAAGCGCACUCUCGGCCUCGCCACGAGCGAUGAGGUCAAAAACCAGGACAUCUACAUGCCCCUUGGCGGUUUGCGCAACCACCCCGCAGGUAUCGAGGCUCGUUGGGCCUGGCUUAAGGAGAACUGGGAUGAAAUCUUCAAGCGUCUUCCUCCCUCCCUCGGCAUGCUGGGCACCGUUGUUCAGCUGACUACCUCCAGUUUCUGUACUGAGGCUCAGCUUAAGGAUGUCACGGACUUCUUCGCCGCCAAGGAUACCAAGGGCUACGACCGGGCUGUUGAGCAGAGCCUCGACGCAAUCCGCGCCAAGGUCAACUGGCUAAAGCGCGAUCGCGAGGAUGUGGAGAACUGGCUCUCCAAGAACCAGUACCUCCAGAGCAAGCUGUAA